CUUUGUUAGAGAAAGCUCUGAGUUACAGCACAGGAUUACUUUUCCCAGCCCCUCCUCACAGCAUGGAGGGGACCUUUCAAGUACCUUCACCAUGAGAACUUGGUAAGAUUCCUUGAUAGAAAGCCCAGCUCCUCACUCAGUCUUCAGCGAGUCAUCAAAGUUGCCAUAGGACAAGUCAUACCAUGGUGGAGGAAUAGGUUCUUCAAGUAGGAUGAUGGACUUCCUCGAGGAACCAAUCCCUGGUGUGGGGACCUAUGAUGAUUUCAAUACAAUUGAUUGGGUGAGAGAGAAGUCUCGGGACCGGGAUAGGCACCGAGAGAUUACCAAUAAAAGCAAAGAGUCAACAUGGGCCUUAAUUCACAGUGUGAGUGAUGCUUUUUCUGGCUGGUUGUUGAUGCUACUUAUUGGGCUUUUAUCAGGUUCAUUAGCUGGCUUGAUUGACAUCUCUGCUCAUUGGAUGACAGACUUAAAAGAAGGUGUAUGCACUGGGGGGUUCUGGUUCAACCAUGAGCACUGCUGCUGGAACUCAAAGCACGUCACCUUUGAAGACAGAGACAAGUGCCCGGAGUGGAAUAGCUGGUCCCAGCUGAUCAUCAGCACCGAUGAGGGAGCCUUUGCCUACAUAGUCAAUUAUUUUAUGUACGUCCUCUGGGCUCUCCUAUUCGCCUUCCUUGCUGUGUCUCUUGUCAAGGUGUUUGCACCUUAUGCCUGUGGUUCCGGAAUCCCUGAGAUAAAAACUAUCUUGAGUGGUUUUAUUAUUAGGGGCUAUUUGGGUAAGUGGACCCUGAUUAUCAAAACCAUUACUUUGGUGCUGGCUGUAUCAUCUGGUUUGAGCCUAGGAAAAGAGGGCCCCCUAGUGCACGUGGCUUGCUGCUGUGGGAAUAUCCUGUGCCACUGCUUCAACAAAUACAGGAAGAAUGAAGCCAAGCGCAGAGAGGUCUUGUCGGCCGCAGCAGCAGCUGGUGUAUCUGUAGCCUUUGGGGCCCCUAUCGGUGGAGUAUUAUUCAGCCUAGAAGAGGUCAGCUACUAUUUUCCCCUGAAAACAUUGUGGCGUUCAUUCUUUGCUGCAUUGGUAGCAGCAUUCACUCUGCGGUCCAUCAAUCCUUUUGGGAACAGCCGCCUGGUUCUUUUUUAUGUGGAGUUUCACACCCCAUGGCAUCUCUUUGAACUUGUGCCAUUCAUUCUGCUGGGCAUAUUCGGUGGUCUGUGGGGAGCUCUGUUUAUCCGCACAAACAUUGCCUGGUGCCGGAAGCGUAAGACCACCCAGCUGGGCAAGUAUCCCGUCAUAGAGGUCCUCGUCGUGACAGCCAUCACUGCCAUCUUGGCUUUCCCCAAUGAAUACACCCGUAUGAGCACAAGUGAGCUCAUUUCCGAGCUGUUUAAUGACUGCGGGCUUCUGGACUCCUCGAAGCUCUGUGAUUAUGAGAACCGUUUCAACACAAGCAAGGGAGGUGAACUGCCUGACCGACCAGCUGGCGCGGGUGUCUACAGUGCGAUGUGGCAGCUGGCCCUGACCCUCAUCUUGAAAAUUGUCAUUACUAUUUUCACCUUCGGCAUGAAGAUCCCUUCUGGCCUCUUUAUCCCUAGCAUGGCUGUUGGUGCUAUAGCGGGUCGACUUUUAGGAGUAGGAAUGGAGCAGCUGGCUUAUUACCACCAUGACUGGGCCAUCUUCAAUAGCUGGUGUAGUCAGGGAGCUGAUUGUAUCACCCCCGGCCUUUAUGCAAUGGUUGGAGCUGCAGCCUGUUUAGGUGGGGUGACACGGAUGACUGUUUCUCUCGUUGUCAUAAUGUUUGAACUAACUGGUGGCCUGGAAUACAUCGUGCCUCUGAUGGCUGCAGCCAUGACCAGCAAGUGGGUGGCAGAUGCUCUUGGGCGGGAGGGCAUCUAUGAUGCCCACAUCCGUCUCAAUGGAUACCCCUUUCUUGAAGCCAAAGAAGAGUUUGCUCAUAAGACCCUGGCAAUGGAUGUGAUGAAACCCCGGAGAAAUGAUCCUCUGUUAACUGUCCUUACUCAGGACAGUAUGACCGUGGAAGAUGUAGAGACCAUAAUCAGUGAAACUACUUACAGUGGCUUCCCAGUGGUAGUGUCCCGGGAGUCCCAAAGACUUGUGGGUUUUGUCCUGCGACGAGAUCUCAUUAUUUCAAUUGAAAAUGCUCGGAAAAAACAGGAUGGGGUUGUGAGUACUUCCAUCAUUUAUUUCACUGAGCAUUCUCCUCCAAUGCCACCUUAUACCCCACCCACCCUAAAGCUUCGGAACAUCCUGGAUCUCAGCCCCUUCACUGUGACCGACCUUACGCCCAUGGAGAUCGUGGUGGAUAUCUUCCGCAAGCUGGGGUUGCGACAGUGCCUGGUUACGCACAAUGGGCGAUUGCUUGGAAUCAUUACCAAAAAGGAUGUGUUAAAGCAUAUAGCACAGAUGGCAAACCAAGAUCCUGAUUCCAUUCUCUUCAACUAGAAUUACAGGGUUGUGCUGGAUAUAAAAAAGGAAAGACAUUGCAGACCAUGGAUAUAUUUUAUAAACUGGGUACCCAAAACACAUUUCCCAUGUUUGGACGGUUAAGUUCUAUUAGUGUGUUGUCUCUUUCCUACAUGUUAACCAGUUGCACUACAUAAUCUCUGGAAAUUAAUCUUCUCUUUAGGAGAGAAUACAGUUAGGCUUCUGUGAUAUUGCUAGGAAGAUUUCAUGAAAGAGUAAACAAGAUUGCUAUGGUUUAAUUGUUUUUCUUUUUUUUAAGAUUUUAUUUUAGUUUAAAAAUAAUUUCUAGCCAAUAUGCAAUCACUGAAAACUAUGCAAGAAAAAUUCCAACUGUCCUGACCUAUAUAGCCUGCAGGAAAUUCAUGAAAAAGUCACUUUUUGGACUCUAACUGUCAUUGGUGGAAGAUGAAGUGUAAACUAAAUGGCUUUGCUUUUCCAACCACAGAAAAGGAAAGCCAGAAGGAAAAUAGUAAUGGUAUUUUCCAGACUGUGAAGAUUCAGUUCAAAUGUUAUCUUGUUCCUGUUACAAUAUUUAGCAUUAUUAGUUUGUGUAUGUUGUAUAUGUUAAUUUUAAUAUCUGAUUAUACGACAAUGCUGCUUUGGUUAAUCUCCUCUAAAUGAAUUUAGAGAGGUUGAUUUUUAUAGCUUGCUUGUUCCUGGUACUCUUUUGAAGUGCACAAAGAUAAGUUACAGAGCUUUCUCCUUGUCUGCAAAAAGGGUAAUUUUCCAGAUGGUAUUUGUUAGCUAGUGGACAAGGACUUUGCAAUGAAUUCCUUAAUAGCAAGGAAUGAUUUCUUCAGCUUCCUUGAAAUGAAUGAUUACUAAAAUUCCAAGCAAAGUUGGUGACUAGGAAUUUCAUAUUUUUGUGAGGUCCCAACUAACCCUCUUACCCAGAUGCCACCUCCAUUAGUGAUGGUGCUUUAGGCUUCUGGAAUUAUGAGUAAAGAGAACCAAGUCUAGACUGCAUACUGGUAAACCAGAGAUGAUCCUGAGCUAUAUCUGCAUUGUCAUGCAUUCCUUUGUAAAGACCACCAGUACUAAAAUAACUGGCACUUGCGCUUCAGUACUAAAAUAACUGGCACUUGUGCUUCCUCCCAAUGAUACGUACGUCUAACAAGCCAGUGUUGUUCCAGUGAACAUGAAUUUAGGCUUGGGGUACUUUGAAAUAUAUUCAAGGCAUUGGAAUAGGAUAGGCAGCUGUGAUUCCCUGAGGCUCCUUAGAAUUCUAAAUAAAAUGCAGAGCCAUCCUAAGACCCAGGGGCGUGGACAAGGCCUGGUGACAUCAAAGGUGCUUGUAUCCAGUCGAAAAGGUGCCUGUCUCCAUUUCCCACCACCUUUGCCACGCUCGAAAACAUCACACUAUUGGGACUCCUGGUGGAGUUACAGCCUGGUGGCUCCACCACCAUCAUUCCAACCACUGUUUCAUUUUUUACAGUUUUACCCAUGCGUAGUUACUCCCUCUCCAUUUUUCUCUCCCUUUUCAUUCCUUAGUUCGGAGUUCUCUCUUUGGGGUGGAGUAUCAUUCCUGGUUAAUCAUUCCUAUUGUUAAAAAAAAAAAGUAACUCCCAGGGCUAGUUAAAAUGGAAACCACGGUUCAGCACCCUUAUGGCAGAUGGACCGAGGUAACACACAGCCAUUUGCUUUGUUGUAUAGCCCAGUCACUGCUGCCAGGGGUGAGAGUUCAGCCUUUCCAAAUCUUCCAAGUCUUUUCCCUGCCUCCCACCCUCCUUCUAGCCUACAAUCAACUUCUCCUCCCUAGCCUCUUCCCUCCUCCUCCCCAAAGAUCUCAGUGUACCUCAUUUUAAAAGUUGCUGAUCCCUGAUUCUAGGAUUUUUUUAUCCCUAGUUCUUAAUCUUUCCAAAAUCUGAAAUUCUUUUAUUGCCCAGAACUAGGUGGCCAAAGCUUAUUUUGAGUGUAUUUUUUAAAAUAUUAAGGCAGUCACCAGAGUUUCUUUUAAGUAUAUCACUUAGCAUUUUAGUGAAAUGGAAAAUAAACCUUGUAGGGUAUAUUAUAUCAUCAUCAUGAAUCCGUAACUUGACAUCUGUGUUUCUUCCAUGCCACUUAUUCGCACAUGAUGAGGCUCCAUUUCCUGGCCACCCCUGUAUAUUGUGUAGAAAUCAAAGUUCUUAUCUGUAUAUUUCUGGUUUACUACCUAUCUUACAAAAGUUUGCAAAACAGGAAAUGUUAGUAUUUCUGGUAUUUGAUGACAGCAAAAGGCUUGGUUGUACUUCAUAGUGCAGCGGCGAUACGGAGGGUAUCUAAGUUUGCCUUUGUGUUUCUUCUAGGCUGUUUUUGAUUUUAGACAGAUGAGCCAGUGUUAAGGUGCUACUUCAGAGAAUAAAUUUAAGAAAUCAGAUAACACUGUGCCAAGGUAUACUUUUUAGAUGCUAAGCACCGUUUAGCCCUCCAGAGAAUAAUAUAAUAUCCCUUUGAUACCUCAUUCCUGAUAAAUCUCAUUCAUUAACCUCAGCUUCUCAGGAAUCCUUGUAACUCAUGUGCUAGAAGUAGCUGUAGUGUAUGGUAUCCAUUAUAUGUCCAGUCCUAUGGUUUGGCUCAAAGGUUGGCUAAUUGUGACUAGAGCUGUCUGCUAGAGUGUGAGCUCAGCACCUUGAUACUCAGAGUUAGUUGUGUUGAGGCAAAGGAAAAUGUUCUUUCUGCCAUUGGCAAUUCAGCAGUUGGGCAUACUUAACCCACAAACAAAGCCUGUAUAGGGAGGUCUGUCAGUAGCCUCAAAUGGCCAUAUACCUCAAUGGCAAAAGACUAGAUAAUCUGUUGAUUUUAAAAUGAAUAUGAGUUGAGGCUAGGGUAUUUUGGUAUUAAAAAAGAAAAUGUCCUUACACAAGAGAAGGAAUUGCAAACAAAUGCCAAUUAGUAAUUCAAGAGAGCUAGGAUUUCCCGAGGGAAAAAUAGCUGGGCGACAUCUGGCCAUGAAAGGAAUGAGUCCGUAAGUUUGUAAAGUCUUAACUGCUAUAUUUUGAGUCUUCAGAUCCUCAGUGAGAAGAGUUAAGAAAGCCAACACAGUUCAUGAGUGAUUAGUUAUACUAUUGGAGGGAAGAAGCAGGGGAUGGAAAAUGUAAAUUAAUGGCCACUUUCAAGAUCAUUCUACAUGGAUAUUUGUUCAGAUGCUCUUCUCUUUCUCUGCUUCCAGUGUCCUUCUGGCUCAGCCCAGCUGUGGAGUAGAGGUGGGGUAAUCCACAGAACAGAUAUCCUCUGGUGGAUAAUCUAACAUUGAUGAUACCUGGAUUUGUUAACUGGCAGAGCAAACAAUUUGCGGAUUGAACUUCUUUGCACCAGAGGCUGAAUCUGAACCCCUUACACGAAGAGCAGAGCACAGUAUGAAUUUCUUUAGAAAGUCUUCAAUUCUGUUUGAACAUGAGAACGAUAAUAAAAAUAAAUAGGGUGUGGUCUGAGGCUGAGAAGUCAUCAUCAACCAAAAUCUUGUGAAACCUAUUCAGGUGUGGGGGGAACAAAUGUUUUUAAAACCUUGACGUGCAAUAGAAUCCAUCAUGGAAAGUAAUCAUUACUGUUAUGUUUUAAGUAUUUCAAUCACCUGUCCCUGUUGAUUCUUAAUCUUGGUUUGUUUUAUUAGGCGAUGAGUAGGAAAGUGUACUUGUUAUUCUACAGUAUCUUUUGUUUUUUAAUAAAUCAUAAAGUGCAAUUUUUGAAGUUGAGUUUUUAAUGAUGAUAGUGAAGACAAUUUUGAGAAUUUGAAAUGGCCAGUGUGUUUUAUAUCAUCACAGUACAUCCUAAAGACUGGCCACCUUGUAUUGUGAGGGGCCAGUUUACCUACACUGGAUCAGAGCCAAAUACAGGCCACCUCUCAGUUCAGAGAAAGCAGGAAAGCAUCUUCUGUGGUGGUCUAUAGAGUAGUGAGCUCUUGAAGACCCUGAGAAAAGUUAGGAAUUUAGAAAGUAGAAUAUUGAGUCCUUAUAAACAAAAAUAGAUGUCUAAAAAUGUGAUAUCAACUUGUAUCCUAAAACCUUGAUUUUUUAAAAACCACCUCUGGGACUGUGUGGAUCCCCAUUGAAGAAGGAAGUGAAAGUUAUGGUCAUGGAAAAGCCCUAGUAAGAAAAUAUAUGAGUUCAACUAAGGUGAUGGGAGGAAGGCCAUCCCUUGCCCCAACCCCAUACAUCCUGGCAUUUAGUAACUGCUGAUUCUGAGCUUCAAGGAGAGAAAAAGUCAAGUAAUUGCUCACAGACCAGCAAAUAAGAGACUCAGAGCAGCACAGGGCUGGAGACAGCUUGCUUUUGUGGGGAGGGCUAACCCAGGGCAGGACAUCUGCAUGUGAAAAAGGGAGACAUAAGUGUUAGGUUGAUCAUCUUAAAUUUUGAUAGUGAAAUAUUUUUUUAAGUCUAUACUUUUAGUCUCCCUAAUGUUUACUUAUUGUGUACUAAGAAGAAAAAGGCAAGGACUUCUCAGAUUAGAGCUCAAGGAGCUGUGUAAAUUUGAAGUCCAGUCCAUGUACUGGACCCAUGUUGCCCACUCACCUUGACUGCCUAAAUUUCAGUUGUUUGCUCCAAAGAGACAUGUUCUUAGAAUGGCAGGAGUUAGCAACUUCUAGUUACUCCCCAGAUCCCAGAUAUUCACUGGCCAGACUCAUUUUUAAAUAUCUGAAUCUGGGCAAAGUUUUGAAGUGAUGCAGGGAAUAAAAUUGUUUUUUUCCCACUCUGUAGUCUGAUUUUGCCAAAUCACCCAAGAAAGUAAGUAUAUAAUGUGUGGAGUUUGUGUGUCUUGGCUUGAACCUACAAGUGGUCCAGCCCAACCCCACAGUCAUAAAUUCCUACCUCUAAGUUCUUUCCAAAGGGUCUUCAGCCUCAGUGUGCACACUCAUCGAAUGAAUGCCUUGCCCAGAGUUUGGCCUUUUUUAGGCAGAAAUGGGAUAGUAUAAAAAUGAGGGUUUUAAAAAAAACAUCUCUGCCUCACCUUCUCUAUCUCCCUCCUUAUUUCCUUUGUUUUUCUCCUUCCCGCCCGAUGCCCUAAAUUCAAAAUGUUCUCAGUUGUUACAAGCUUUUGUUUUGAACGUGGACCUUAGAAAAGGAAGAUCAUUCUGAGAAUAGAGAGUGGAAGACACUCUGAGUUGAUGUGGCCAAUGGAGCUUUGCUCCACUGUAGGAGCAGAAGCCAAUGAGUACUAUCUGUUGGGGGUGUCAGGGGCUUUAGCAACUCAAGGCAGACAUAGAAAGUAUUCAUUACUAAGCCUUACUAUAUACUAGUACAAAUCUUUUGAAAGCUAGAGACAGUCUAAGAUAUGGCAAGUGAAAUGUCACCUGGCAAAAUGGGGACAAACGAGUAGCCUGAGAUAGUUUUUCAGCAUGGGAAUGUUCAGUCUCAUUAUCAUAUUGAGUGUACCUCAAAAUAUAUGGUCCUUUAAGAGUGCUCCUUCUCCUCUUUCACUUUAUUCCUUCUCCCUCCUUGGUAUCCUGUUGUCCUACUUUUUAUUACUCAGCUUUUUUUUAUAUAAAUAUUUACAUUUUUAUGAUAUAUUUGGUCCUUUGGGACUAUGUCAUGAUUAAGAAUUAAUUUCAUUCUAGAUACAAAUGAUGUGCUUAAUAUUUUAUUCUUUUAAACUGCCUUUGGAAGCUAUGCUGCUAACCAGAUACAGGCCAGAAGGGAGUUGGGUCUGACAGACUGCACCCUGGUCAUUUCACCUAAGGUGACAUUAAUGUUACGAUGGUGACUCUCAUUCAUUUGACCUGGGUCAGCCUCCUGCUCUUACCUCUAACCAUUCAUUUCUGGCUAUGGGAAAUAUACCACCCAUUGGGUGAGCCAGUGAGACCAGGAGGAUCAGAGGGGACAGGUUCCAGCCCAUGGGCCACCUUAUGAAUAGCCCUACAGUAGCUCCUUUGAUGUGUAGGGCUAGCUCCAACUACAGUAGCCAAAGAAAACCUGUCUGACUCUAGAUUUUAGUUCCUGAGAGUUGGUAAACGUACAACUAAAGCUAAUGUAUAGUCGUCAGCAGUAGCUAGGCAUCCAGAAGCUAGUGUCAACCAAAGCUAAAGUAGCCUGAGUUUGCACAGGAAGCUUGGUGCUGAGCUGUUCAGAGUAAUUAUUGAUCUGAGUGUUCCCAAUCCUUUAAUCACACUUUCUUAGCUUUAUUCUAAUUUUUAGAGGUGUUGGUCCCUGUUCAUAGACAUAGCCUGUACCCAACUGUGGCUCACAGCUCACUUCAUUUACUCCCUGGUCAUGCAUAGCAACAUAGUCUAACAAGGAAGGCAGGCUGGGGAGUUAGGGGACCUGGUUUCUAAUCCCUGUGCUUCUACUAACUAGUCUCGAGAUCUUAACCGCUCUGUGCCUCAGUGUUCCCAUCUGCAAAAUGGGGAUAGUGUUAAUUGCCCUACCUACCUCACAGGGUUGUUGUGAGGAUAAACUGAGACAGUUAAUAGAAAGUAUUUUGAGAAGUAAGUGCUAUGCAAAUUGUAAGAAAUGGAAAUAAUGAUGUUAAAGGCAAUGGGGUGGACAUUGGCAGAAGGGUUAAUGGGAUUGUCCAGCCCUCUCUCUGUGUGGCUUAAACGCAGGUUGCCAUUGCUUUAUACAUUUUCACUUAGCACAGAUUUGUAAUUAUGCAUGUAAUAAAGCACAGCGUUACCCAUCCUGGUGUCUGGUGUGUUUCUGAAGACGCUAAAUGUUGUAGCUAUUGAUAACUGAUCAUAAAAAGCAA